UUUAACGACGAGCUAAAGUAUUUUGUAUGAAGUUAACAUUCUCUUUAAUUUAGGAAGGCACCUUACUUAAACAGCUUAAAAAAUUAUACAAUAAAAACAUAAUAGACUUACUAGUUUAUAUUUGGUGGGUCUAUUGAAACUCCAACAUUCAUUUCACAAGAAAACAUUAUAAAAUUAAUAAAUAAACAUAGGAAAAAACAAUGAUUCAGAAGUGUCAUACCACCAGGGAGCUGCCAAAAUAUUAAAUAACAGCGUUACGAACUUUUGAUUUUUGUCAUUUUUGUUCAAACGAAAAUGAGAUUGACACUUCUGGUACAUAUAUAUAAGUAUGUACAUAAAAUGUAGUUUAGUUACUCAAAUAAUAUGUGACGUUAUUGAAAUAAAACUAGAUAAAAUUUUUUGCUAUUUAAGAGGUAUAAAAAUUGUAAUUUUUAAAAUGAAUAGCUUAGGAUGGACUAUUAUUUUCAAAACUGGAUGUUGGUGUGCUAAAGAAAAUAUUAAUAUAAAUGGAACGAGAUAUAUUGUGAAAGAAAGAUUAGCUGAAGGAGGAUUUAGUUUGAUUGAUUUGGUUGAAAAUUCAAUAACAAAAAAGAGUUAUGCUUUGAAACGGAUAUCCUGCCAUAGUAUUGAUGAUCAAAAUAUUGCGCUAAGAGAAAUUGAGAUUUGCAAAAAAGUUAAUUCUAAAAACGUUAUCAAAGUUAUUGAUUAUAUGUUAAAAGGUACCGCAGAUAUAGUUUUAAAUACGACUAGCCAAUUAUAUAUUGUUUUGCCUUAUUAUAAAAAUGGAUCUUUAGCUGAUAGUUUAACGGCACGUUCAAAAACGAAAGACUAUAUGAAUGAGUCGCAAAUUUUGAACAUAUUUCUUGGUACGUGCGAAGGUGUAAAAGCUCUACAUGAAGCUAAGCCAGAACCUUUAGCUCAUAGGGACUUAAAGACUGCGAAUAUUUGCUUGUCCGAUUCAUUUGAAGCGGUUUUAGUGGAUUUAGGAUCAGCAACAGAGGCUCGGGUACAAAUAUGUGGACAACAAGACGCGCAAAGGCUUCAAGAUUUGGCCGAAGAAAGGUGUUCUAUUGUUUAUAGAGCUCCUGAACUUUUUUCUGUACAAAGUUAUUGUACGAUUGAUGAAAGAACUGAUAUAUGGAGUCUCGGCUGUGUCUUGUAUGCGAUGUGUUUUUUCAAAUGUCCUUUUGAUAUUGUAUAUGAAAAAGGGGAUAGUGUAGCUCUAGCUGUGUUAAGCGGAAAUAUAAAUUUUCCGGAUGAUUCCAUAUAUAGCCAAGAUAUGCAAGAUCUUAUAUUAUAUAUGAUGAGAUUAAAUCCAAUGGAACGUCCUUAUAUAUACAGUGUUAUUGAAAAAGCACAAGAUGCACUUUCAAAAUUGGAAAACCGCUUAUAAUUCAAAUUUUCUUUAAAUACGUAUAUAUAUAUAUAUAUAUAUAUAUAGGUUUCAAAAAUAUUUUUAAUAUGUUUGGUUAAAUUGUAAAAUUGUCGUGUACAAAACAUUAAAAUAUGUAAGAUAAAAUA